AUGCCUGAUUAUUUCUUUCACGUUGGUAUUGAACUCUUUCCAGGCUCAUCACCAACGCUGAACGAGUCCAGCCAACUUCAACCACCAAAUCUAUCUUCAUUCUUCAAAGCACUCAGGCCGUUCACGAACUCCGGGCCCAGGCGGCGAUCGAGAGACUUUGCGCCCGAGCAGAAGAAAGACCAUACUACGAACCCCGCCCGCUACGAAACCUCCUCUGCCAGACUACCUCACUCGGCUCCCCACGAUCAUCGGCUUGACAACAUCUGCAUCGAGGGCGUCGAUAUGUCGGCCAACUCUGGCGGCGGUGGUGGCGGUGUGAACCAAGAAGGGUCAAAAGAUAACAUCAUUGGCAAGGGAAUUGGAAGCGCAAUAUCAGGACAUCAUGUGAAGGGCCGCUAUGAACCUCUGGAAGGAAGCGGAAACGGCGGCGGUGCGCAAGGAUGGGGGAUCGUUCAUCUUUAUCGAGACAGCGAAGAGACGUCGGGGCUCUACAAGGACUCUGUAGCCGCAUAUCGAACGAGUGAUCUAUGGAGCGACGGGUCUCGCAAUCCUCCCGCAACCAAACCUCAUCCACCACCCAAGGACGAAGAAUGCACAACCCUAUGUAUCCUGGCCGUGCCCUCGUACAUGACACCGUCGGAUUUCCUGUCGUGGGUCGGUGCCGAUACCAGAAGCGAGGUCAGCCAUUUUCGGAUGGUCCGCACGGCGCGUGCCAACCGGUACAUGGUUCUGAUGAAGUUCAAACAUGGCAAGAAGGCGAAAGAGUGGCAACACGAAUGGAACGGGAAAGUGUUCAACAGCAUGGAACCGGAGACAUGCCAUGUCGUUUUUUUGAAAUCAGUCGAAUUGAUGCAAACAACUCCAACAUCUCCAGGACAUAAUGAUGACGGAUCGUCGGUAAUCAGCUACCCGCGUAUGAAUAACGACCCUUUCACCCCGGCCUCAACAACCACAAAACCAUUGGCUCCAAGAACAUCCUCACUGGUUGAAUUGCCUACGUGUCCGGUAUGCCUUGAGCGGAUGGACGAAACCACGGGCCUGUUGACCAUUCCUUGCCAGCAUGUGUUCCAUUGCACAUGUUUGGAAAAGUGGUCUGGCGGUGGUUGUCCGGUCUGCAGGUACACCCACGACGACUUCUCGUCUCGGCUUGGUUCAUCCAAAUCAAAAAACAAAAACCCAGGCGAGCACGGAGACAAUGACGGGCCCCUGGAGUGCGAAGUAUGUCAUGUUGAGACGAGUCUCUGGCAAUGUCUCAUCUGUGGCAAAAUCGGGUGUGGACGAUACGAAGGCAAGCAUGCAUAUGCACAUUUCGAAGAAAGCGGACAUACGUUCAGCAUGGAUCUCGAAAGUAAACGAGUUUGGGACUAUGCAGGAGACGCCUACGUGCAUCGCAUCAUUCAAGACGCAGCCAAGCCGGGCGAGAAGCUGGUCGAACUGCCCGGCAGACGACGGGAACGCACGGCCCUCCAAGGACAAGAAGAUGUCGAAAUGGCCAAGAUGGACAACAUUGCUCUCGAAUAUACGCACCUAUUGACCAGCCAGCUUGAAAGCCAAAGAGUGUAUUUCGAAGAGGUGGUCGAACGAGCCGUGGAUAAAGCCUCUGAAGCGACUAAAAAGGCCGAACGAGCCAUGGAAGAAAGCCGCAUCGCCACGGAGAGAUUGCAGCAGCUGGAACAGCAGCAUGAUAUUGUCGCCAAAGGCCAUGUUCCUGAACUUGAAAAGGAGAAAGCGCGUCUUGAGAAGCGAAGUGCAAAGUUCGAGGAAAUGGCACGCAGUCUUACUGUCAAAUAUCAGGAAGAAAAGGCACUUACUGCCAGUCUUAUGGAACGGGUUGAAUUUUUGGAAAAGACACAAUUGGCUCAGCUGAAUGAGACUAUUCGUCGCCUUGAAGAGGAGAAGGCCACUCAGGAGCUGUUGAUGGAAGGUCUAAAGGAAGAGCAUCGUGAUGCCAUGAUGCAGAUUUCCGCCCAGAAAAAGUUGCAGGAGAUGGUGGCGAAUGGGGAACUGGAUGCCGAAGAUCUUGAGGGUGCUGUCAUUGAAGCAGGACCUGCGAAAAAGGUACCGCCCAGUAUCGCCAGGCGUCGGAGGGGACGCGCAGGGGGAGCAACUGGACAACGACAGAGUGCAGGUUCUGGGCCAUUGUCGGCUAGUGCGGCGAACAAGAACACGAUCAAACCCGUGUCAACACGACAACCACAUAACGACGACGAACCCCGGGAUAUCCUCUACCACGACAUAUUCGGCUCCAGCACCCGCAGCAAGAACUGGGACGAGCAGAAAGCAAAACAGAUCCUCGACGAAUGUCGCGCCAAAUUGCUCAGUGAAGGCCUACUACUACAGCAUCCGGAUCCGCUUCCGGUGCCAGUACCGCUGUCUGCGGAAAGCAGCGAGACCGAGGCUGGCGAUGGAUAUUCUCCUCAUGUGGACGAGAACAAGACUGUCAACGACUCUGCCAAAGCCGAAAAUGAAAAGACAGGUGCAGGUGGGAACAAGAAGCGCAAGGGCAAGAAGAAGGGCAAGAAGGGUGCCGUAAAGGACUUGCAAAGUUCUGUGUAA